GUAUUUUAGAGUAUCCAAGUAUAUCCAUUGGUUGAUUGUACGAACAGGUGUCCACAGUUUCUCGACACCUUCCUACUUUUGUUUCUUCUUCAACUAACUCUAAACUCAGCAUCUACUCACUUCAACUUUCUCCUUCACCACCUCUACGCUCUUAACGAUUUUCCCUAUGGACCACAAGUAUUUGUUGGUGGCUUGCUGUUUGUGGGCUUUAACAUGCUCACUUCUUCCUUCUUUCUCCUAUGGAUUUAUGAGAAUUGAUUUGAAGAAGAGAACUCUUGAUCUUGAUAGUAUUAAAGCUGCUAGAAUUGUAAGAGAAAGGCAAAGGUCAGGCAGACCUGUUUUGGGCGUAUAUGACCAGUACACCGGGAAACUAACCGAUGGUGCUAGAGUGCCUUUGAAUAAUUAUUUGGAUGCUCAGUAUUAUGGAGAAAUUGGAAUUGGCUCACCCCCUCAGACCUUUAAUGUCUUAUUUGAUACCGGUAGUUCAAACCUUUGGGUUCCAUCGUCGAAGUGCUAUUUUUCUCUUGCCUGCCUCACCCAUCGUUCGUACAAGUCAAAGAAAUCCAAAACAUAUACCAAAAACGGAACAUCGUGUAAAAUACGAUAUGGAUCUGGAGCAGUAUCUGGUUUUUUCAGUCAAGAUAAUGUUAAACUUGGUGAUAUUGUUGUCAAGGAUGUGGAUUUCAUUGAGACUACCCGUGAAGGAAGUAUUUCGUUUGUGCUAGCGAAGUUUGAUGGAUUACUUGGGCUUGGGUUUCAGGAGAUCUCUGUUGAAAAUGCUGUCCCAGUAUGGUACGAAAUGGUGGAACAAAAGCUUGUAAGUGAGAAAGUGUUCUCUUUUUGGCUCAAUGGAAAUUCAAAAGCUAAAAAGGGUGGUGAGUUGAUUUUGGGGGGUGCUGAUCCCAAUCACUACAAAGGAAAACAUACAUAUGUUCCUGUCACUCAAAAAGGUUACUGGCAGAUUGAAAUGGGAGAUUUUUUCAUUGGAGGUUUCUCAACAGGUGUCUGCGAAGGUGGCUGUGCUGCUAUUGUAGAUUCAGGAACAUCUUUGCUUGCUGGUCCAACUACUGUUGUGACCGAAAUCAACCAUGCUAUUGGAGCUGAAGGGGUUCUGAGUGUAGAAUGUAAGGAAAUUGUUACUGAAUAUGGAGAAUUGAUUUGGGAUCUCUUGGUCGCAGGAGUACGACCCAGUGAUGUAUGUUCACAAGUUGGUUUAUGUGUUGCCAAAAGAGAUCAAUCAAAGAGCAUGGGAAUUGAGAUGGUGACUGAAAAGGAAGAGGGAGAGUUAUCGGCUAAAGAUACUGCUUUGUGCUCUUCCUGUCAGAUGCUUGUGAUUUGGAUCCAGAAUCAACUAAAACGAAAGACAACCAAAGAUAGAAUAUUCAACUACGUGAAUCAACUGUGCGAGAGCUUGCCAAGUCCAAACGGAGAGUCCGUAGUAGACUGCAAUAGUAUUUAUCAAUUGCCGAACAUUUCGUUUACUAUCGGCGAUAAAUCUUUCGUCCUCAGUCCAGAGCAGUAUAUUUUGAAAACUGGAGAAGGUCUUACACAAGUCUGUCUUAGUGGGUUUAUUGCUUUUGACAUUCCUCCCCCAAGGGGUCCUCUCUGGAUUCUUGGUGAUAUUUUUAUGAGGGUGUAUCACACUAUCUUUGACUAUGGAAAUCUCCAACUCGGUUUUGCUGAAGCUGUCUAGUGAGAUUUCUGGUAGAUUAUUAUUAUUAUGUAGGAAUAUUUUUAUGAGCUUGUUAGUGUGUAUUGUAAAUAAGCUCUUAUGUAACUACUAUGGUGAAGCUUUACUUUAAGGAUUCGUGUAUGUAUUAUAUUUAUGAAACUAUGUGUUAAAGUAUAUCAUGUAUUUGUAAUGUAUUAAGUUGUUUACUUUAGCCCAAAAAUAAAUGAAAAAAAUAUAAUGCAUCAUUGGCACAAUA